AAUGGCAUUUGUAUAUAGAAGUGAAAUUAAACCUUCAUAUAUUCCAAAGACUGAAAAUGUUGGACCUGGAUAAUAUGAAUACAACCAAGAUUCUGAAUAAAAACCAAAUCUAUUUCCAUUUAAUUCAACGGUCUAAAAAUGCCCUAAUUAAAAUUAACUAACAAAAGGACCAGGUCCUGGAUCAUAUAAUUUACCAGGAUCUUUUGAAACUUAAAAAAUUAUAUUCUCAUCAGAUGAAUAAGAAAUCAAGAUUUUAGAAAUGCCAAAACCUAUAUCGGUAUUCAGAUCAAGUACAUUGAGAUUUAAAGAUGACAAAUAAAAUGGACCAGGGUAUAUUAACUUAAUCUAAUAUAUAGUCCUAAUUAUUAUUUUUAAGAAGAACGUAAAAAGUUCUAUUCUGUAAGUUAAACAAAUCCGAAACCUAAAAUAAAUGUUAUGGAAUAAUUAGUGAAAGAUAACAAAUACAUUAAUAUACCAUCUAUACCAUCUAAUUAUCACUUAGGUUAUUAAGAAAAUUAAGGUUAAACCUUUCUCUUUAAUUCUUAGAAUCACAUUUAGAAUAAAAAAAUGCAAUAAAUUUAUCUUAAGAAGUUGGACCUGGUUCUUAUGAUGUCAAAAGUAUCUUUAGUAACCAAAAACCAAGAGGAGUUUCCUGGCACAAAUCUAAUUCAAAAUAAAAAAAUAUCGAUAUUGAGAAUAAUAUUGGACCUGGCUAUUAUGAUAUUAUUACUAAUUCUUAGCCAAUGUAUUAAAUGAAACCAACAACAUCAUUUAGUUCAAAAUUAAGUAGAUAUUCAGAAUUGAAAUUUCUAAAUCCUAAAAAUAAUUGUGGACAUAUCAAAAAAGGAUUAGAUAAUAAAUCAUAUAGUUUUCAUCUUUCUACUAAUUCUGGUACAACAGCAAGAGAUUCUGACCUUGAAUCAGAAUAUAGUUAUAUAGAAGUAUUAUAUUUAUUAAUAUUAGGAUGCCACUCCUGGACCUGGAUAUUAUGAAAAUGCUUCAACAUAAUAAACAAUAUCUUAAAGUCUUAAAUAAUCUUAGAUCAAAGGUUCAAUAAGAUCUAGAGCUAAAAGAUUUCUAGCUAAAUCAAAUUAAAUACCUGGUCCAGGAAGUUACAAAGUAGAUGUAGUAUAACAUAAACAUUAAGUAAUUUAACCACCCUUUUUGAUUGGAAGCAGAAAUCGUUUCGAUGAUAAAUUAUCUGAGACUCCACCACCAGGAAAUUAUAAAGUAAUCAAUACAAUGGAAGAAAGAUUAAUAUCUAAAUUAGUCAAAUCACCUUUAGGUUAGUUUGGAAAAAAUGAACAUAGAUUUAAGGAUCCAAAAAUUGAAGUACCUGGACCUGGUUCUUAUGAAAUUAUGGAUGAUGAUAGAAGAUAUAAAAAUGGAUUGAAAGGCACUGCAAGUUUUUUAAAUAAUAUUCCAAAAAUUUAAGAAUUAAUUAUUGCAGAUAGAAAUCCUUCACCUGUCACAUAUCAUGUAGAUUAACAUACAAUUGAGAAAAGAAUAGUAAAAACAGAAGAGGAUAAUCCAAAAUUAGCUAUAUAUAAACCUCCAUUUGGUGUUGGAGAGGAAAGAUGGAAAAUUAAAGAGGAAAGUGAAGAAGAUGAUGAUGAACCUAUAUAUAUGAAUAAAUCGUAGAUUAAUUCAAUUAAUUUAUUCAAAAAGAGAAAAAAAGAUUAGCCUCCUUUUUUGAUUAAGGUUUAUAAUUUGUUAAUAUUUUCUAAUAGGAGGAAAGAUUUGCUUUAAGCGUGCCUAAAAAGAUUUAACCAGGACCUUCAGAUUAUGCAGAUGGAACUUUCCCAAAUUGGAAUAAGAGAACUUUUAAUCUCUUAUUCGCAGAAAUUUGA